UAAAUGCUCAGGUAGAUCGACUGGUUUCGUGGGCAUUACGACCGGAAAUACCUCCGCAGCGGCAACAGUCCGAGGACGUUCAGAUCUCGAUGGCCAGUUCUGGAGGAGGAGUCGGCAGUGACGUUCCGGACAGACUGCCUCCGAUCAGCGUAAAGGACCAGCGCUUCCCCUGCUGCAUCGUUUGGACUCCAAUUCCGGUUCUCACCUGGCUGUUGCCCAUGAUCGGACAUAUGGGUAUUUGCACUUCGUCCGGUGUGAUUCGUGACUUCGCCGGCCCCUACUUCGUAUCAGAGGACAACAUGGCGUUUGGAAGACCCACUCGGUACUUAAGGUUGCACCCCAAGCACAUAGUGGGCGGCAAUUACGCCUGGGACGAGGCGGUCUCCAAAGCAUCUGUGCUCUACGGCACCCGCACCCACAAUAUCUUCUGUGACAACUGCCACUCGCAUGUGGCCACGGCACUCAUCAACAUGCGCUACUACGACAGCACCGCAUGGAACAUGAUUAUCCUCAGCAUGUGGCUCUUUGUCUGCGGCCGCUACGUCGGAAUAGGGGGUUUUAUUAAGACCUGGCUGCCAUUUGCCAUUCUCCUGUCCAUCUUCACAAUUCUGGGCAUCUAUUUUUAAUAUCUAUAUCUAUAUCAAAUGCUAUCAAUGUACAAAUCUAUGUAUGUAUGACGUCCAAUAAAGGAUUCAUUAAUUUAUGUA